AUGCGUGCGACAUAUCUGGUCUCACUUACCAGGCACGACGCGAAGGCGAACGCAGUUGCGAACCUCAACCUCACGAAUGUGGCGUACGUUCAACCGGUCACCGCCCCGCGUUCAAAUGGCGGACCAUGCUAUGCCGACGCAUAUACGGGCAAUCUGAAGACCCCCGCAUGGGCCGACGAAGCUAGACGUGUCGCUGUUGAGGACAACGCCACUCCUCCCGAUGUGGCCGCAGCGUCCUCGCGUACGCGACGCGUCCCAGACUACGGCAUGAUGCCUUUCAUGACUCCGCAAGAGAUGGUCAUGGAGUUAUGGAAGCCCAGCAUCGCCAUCGUAGAGCCGAUCGUCUUCGCGGCGCCACGACCGACGCGGCCUCCGAAGGUCGACAGGGCGAAUAUAUCCGCCAUCGUUGACCACGAUUGGGAGGUCUGGAGAGGUGGUGUGCGUCUGCGAAUCACAAAGCAGGGUACGGUAAACGACGACCACCCGGUGAGUGACCAUGUGCAACCGUACUCGGCUUUGUGCUUACCUUGGGUGCGCGUCGUGGUGCAGGAGGAUAGCGAGUUUGCUUCGUGGCCACCAUUCCUACCACAUCGUUGCGAGACCGUACCACCGACACAUCAGAUGUCUUCGGGGCUUGCGUUUCCAGGUACGGGCACUCUGACGCUCCAGAACCUCGUCACUGACGACCUGGGUUCAGAGCCCGUCGAUGCCAAUGAAGAGUCCAAUGUAUGCGUCCUGUCGGAGGGAUCAGACUCAUCCUCCGAUACGGCAAGCAGCUUUGGCCGCGACGAUGGAUUCUGUGUCCAAGGAAGAGAGGAUUGGGCAUACGGGCCCGCCAUUGUCGAGCCAAUUGUGAUGAAGACAGCAGACGGGCCGUUGCGCGAAUGCGACUGGAUCGACUGCCCGUUCUGUCCUUCUUCGGUCGGUGAGGCAAUCUUCUCGAAAGGGGAUGCCAACAGCCUCACAGGCCGCGCGCAUCAAGGCAACUCGAAGGGGUCGCCCAAGGAGAGCGGGUCGCGAGCACGGGCGUCCGGACGCUCUCGACGUCGGGCUGGCUCAUCAUCUUCAGGCAAGAAGAGGGCCUCGGCAAAGACUCGUCACGUCGAGACAGGCUGCAUCCCAGCGAGAGAGAAAGGGACUCGGGCGUUACCCUCCAAGGAAGACAUCUCCAGUUGCCCGCGACCUUGCGACUGGUUCGAUUGUCUGAUCUGCGAGCAGACUGAGUCCGCGGCGACCACGGCGCGGCGCAAGAAUGCUGGACAGUGCUCGGCCGGAGAGACUACAGAUCGCAAGCCGUCGGACCGCAGGACCAGGAGAAACGGAGGCGGGGAGUUCCAUCGGGUUGCCGUCAUGUUGGGCCUAGUGCCCGAGCUGUGA